AUGUCUCUGAUAACAGUUAUAAGAUGCAAUGUCAGUUUAAAAUUAUUAUUGUGUUAUAGUUCUUGCAUUUCGAAAGGCAGUUUACGGUUUUCGUCUUCAUUUUCAAAAUAUGCAGAACAUAAAUCUUUGGAAAAAAUUCGAAAUAUUGGUAUAUCAGCACACAUUGAUUCUGGAAAAACCACCUUGACUGAACGUAUAUUGUUUUAUACCGGAAGAAUAACUAAAAUGCACGAGGUUAGAGGUAAAGACAAUGUUGGAGCAACAAUGGAUAGCAUGGAAUUAGAAAGACAAAGGGGCAUUACAAUUCAAUCUGCUGCAACUUAUACAUUAUGGAAGGAUCAUAAUAUUAAUAUUAUUGAUACUCCUGGUCAUGUUGAUUUUACUAUAGAAGUAGAGCGAGCUUUACGUGUUUUAGAUGGUGCUGUACUUGUAUUAUGUGCAGUAGGUGGUGUUCAAUCACAAACAUUAACUGUGGAUCGUCAAAUGAAGAGGUAUAAUAUACCUCGCAUAGCAUUUAUUAAUAAAUUAGACAGAAUAGGUGCUAAUCAUAAUAGAACCUUAGAUCAAAUAAGAGGAAAAUUACAUCUUAAUGCUGGAUUUAUACAAUUACCUAUUGGUUUAGAAGCUAACAAUAAAGGGAUAAUAGACUUAAUUUAUCAGAAAGCCUUAUAUUUUGAAGGAGAUUUUGGCGAAGUUAUAAGAGAAGAUGAAAUACCAUCUAACAUGAAAACAGAAGUACAAAAUAGAAGACAAGAGUUAAUUGAAUAUUUAAGUAAUGUUGAUGAAAAACUUGGUGAAUUAUAUUUAAAUGAAAUGCAAAUACUUGAGAAAGAUAUAAUUGAUGCAAUUAGGAGAUGUUGCAUACAAAGAACCUUUGUACCAGUAUUAGUUGGAACUGCAUUAAAAAACAGAGGAAUUCAACCAUUGUUAGAUGCAGUUAUAACCUAUUUACCACAUCCUGGAGAAGUGGAAAACUAUGCACUUGGAAUUAAUAAAGAUGAAACUACUAAUAUUCUGUUAUGUUCUGAAAGAAGUAAUAAACAUCCUUUUGUUGGGUUGGCAUUUAAAUUGGAAAGUGGUAGAUAUGGCCAAUUGACUUAUUUUCGUUGUUACCAAGGAAUGUUGCACAAAGGAGAGGUUUUAUAUAAUACAAGGACAAAGAAAAAGGUUCGAAUUCAAAGAUUAGUCAGACUUCAUUCAAAUCAAAUGGAAGAUGUACCUGAAAUUUAUGCUGGUGAUAUUUUUGCCCUGUUUGGUAUAGAUUGUGCAUCAGGUGAUACAUUUGUUGGCAAUCCUAAACUAAAUUUAUCAAUGGAAUCUAUUUAUGUACCUGAGCCUGUAGUAUCUAUGUCUAUACAAAUGAAAAAUACAAAAGAUCGAGAUCAGUUUUCAAAAGGUGUUGCACGAUUUACGAAAGAAGAUCCUACUUUGAAAUUUCAUUAUGAUGUAGAUAAUAAGGAAUCUAUAAUAUCUGGAAUGGGAGAGUUACAUUUAGAAAUCUACUCUCAAAGGCUUGAACGUGAAUACGGCUGUCCUGUUAUACUUGGAAAACCAAAAGUUUCAUUCCGCGAAACAAUACGUGAGCCUAUAGAAUUUGAUUAUCUACAUAAAAAACAAUCAGGAGGGGCCGGACAAUUUGCUCGAGUUAUUGGUGUAAUAGAGCCAUUACCGUCAAACAAGAACACCGAACUUAUAUUUAAAGAUGAAACAAUAGGGACAAACGUUCCAAAACAAUUUGUUCCUGGUGUAGAAAGAGGAUUUAGAACUACAUGUGAAAAAGGAUACCUUUGUGGUCAUAAAGUAGCGGGUAUUAGAAUGAGAUUACUCGAUGGUAUGCAUCAUUGCGUGGAUUCUUCGGAAUUAUCAUUCUUUCUCGCUGCACAAGGUGCAAUGAGAGAAGUAUUUGAAAAAGGGUCAUGGCAAAUUUUAGAACCAGUUAUGACAGUGGAAGUAACCUGCCCUGAAGAAUUCCAGGGACAAAUCAUCAAUCAAUUAACUAAACGACAUGGUAUUAUAUUCGAGACUGACAUUAAUGACGGAUGGUGUAUAUUAAAAGCAGAGGUUCCAUUAAAUGAUAUGUUUGGAUAUGUUAGUGAAUUGCGAUCUACCACUCAAGGAAAAGGAGAAUUUACGAUGGAGUACUCGAGAUAUACGCCUUGUCUACCAGAAAUGGAAGAACGGAUAAUAAGAGAAUAUCAAGAAGCGCAUAAUUUAACAGUGCAACAGAAAAAAAAUUAAUGAAUUAACAAAUAGGCAUUAUUUCUAAGGAAUCAUUUCACAUUUUUCUAUAUGAAGAUUCACAAAAUUUA